AUGACCAGUUGGGAUUCUAUAAUACAGUACGUGAGCUACACUACAGAAAGGGAAAGCGUUCAUACCAGAUCGUCACAUCCAAUAUCGAAGAGGAGUGUGCCGAUGUUUAUACAAAACAAUUUGAAGUCACAGUUUUAUGACGUAGUCAAGAAAUCUCAUGUGCUUGUCAUAGUUGGAGAAGAUGUUGAUGCAUUAUGCGCCUAUACGAUUCUUUCGCAACUGUUCAUCUGUGAUGAUGUCUCUUUCUCCACGGUUCCUGUCAGUGGUUGGGAAAGCCUUGAUCGCGCAUUGCGAGAGCACUACGACCAGAGCCCGACCAUUGUCUUAAUCAACUGUGGAGGAAAUCGAUCGCUACAGGAUAUGCAGGUGCCUGAGCGAAGUAAAGUAUAUGUUAUGGAUUCUCGGAGACCCUUCCACCAUGAAAACGUUUUUGAAGGCGAACAAAUAAUGAUCAUGGUGGAUAGUGUAGAGGUCGCAAAACUGAAUAUACCAGAAAUGUCUUCGAUUAUGGAAGAUAAUGAUUCUGAAGAAUCAAGUGAUGAAGAUGAAGAGGAGGAUGGAGGAAGAAAAGGAAUGGAAAGAGUGGAAAAAAGACUUCUGAAGAAGGAGGCAAAAAAACUGUGGCACAAGCGACGGCGAAAUUUGUUAUGGAAGUAUUACGAAAAUUCCUGGUAUUCCAUAUCAAGUGCUGUUCGCAUGCUAGAACUGGCUGCUGCAGUGAACAGAGCCACUCCUGAGUUGAUGUGGGUUGCUGCAGUUGGACUGAAUAGUCAGUGGACCGACAGAGUGAUAACUGUGGAGGCUUAUCAUGAUGUUUGCAUAGAUCGGAUGCGGCCAUUCAUACACAGAUUCUCUCCACGGGGCUCGGGAGCCAAAGCCGAUGACCUUUUGAGAGUUUCUUUUGAAAAAGAACUCCCUCUGGCAAUGUAUUCACAUUGGUCUUUGUAUCGAGCCAUGAGUGUAAAUGAGCAUUUCGCUUGUAAAACCCGAAAUUGGACACAACGAGGCGAUUCCGAUGUGAAACAUCUGCUUGCCAAUUUAGGAUUGACACUAAAUGAAACACAACAAAAAUUUGAAGCCAUGACAUCUACAAGAAGGAAAGAAGUCAUACAAACUCUUGAAAAGGAGAUGUUGCCAUCUUUUGCUACGUUCAUAGCUCACUUUGGCUUCUCUGAUCGCAUAUGCGCUGCUGAUGUAGCAAGAGGCUUAGCUGCAAGGUUGGAAACUCCAAAGAAAGUCCCACUAGUUGAGCGAUUUGAAUCUGCUCGAGGAAUUCUUCGCUGUUUCAUGAAAUCUGGUCAGGAUUGUGUAACCCUUGUGAAGUCAUUUGAUGUGUAUAAGAUUGGUCUCGAAUGUGUUUGGGCACUGGUGGCCACUGCUGUAAAUCAACAAGAAAUACUCCCCGUUGGACCAUUUUAUCUACAUUCGUCAACACAUAGCUUAGACGACAUAAUGGAUUCAAGACACUUUAUAUUUUUAUUUACCAAUUUUCUGCAACAAGCUUUCUGUUCGAUGCGGCGGAGUCGAGAGCGAACGACAAAGCCGCUUGUAGUCAGCUUGGCUCUGUCUGGAGAAAUGCAAGGUUGGCAUAUCGUUACUGGAGUAAUGCCACUUGACACAAUCUACAAAGACGCCCAGUUGAUGAGCUUCAUCGGGCGUGCUUUCGAAAGAGCGGCGGAUCAAGCUAGUUUGGAUAUUCGGCGAGAUAACUUCGACCCAAAUGUCAUAUAUAUCCGAUCUGAAGAUCGAUCCCGUUUCUUCGACUUGUUGCAGGCUGUGAUGGAAAUUGAGACAUAGCUUUUGGUGACACAUUUGCAAUGUUUACUACGAGUAAAUCGCCAGUUUUCGUUGUAUGGCGUACAGUCUGGGAAUAAAUUGUAGACUAUGC